AUGUCACAGCCUACGCCAUCGGCAUCAGAGCCUUCAAUAUCAGUCAUGGAUGCGCCGGCAAACCCUCAGUCCAAAUCGCCCUUCAACAAAGUGCCUCUCGAGGUUCUCAUUCGCAUAUCGGAUCAAUUGUCAACUCCCGACCUGGGAAGCCUUCGUCUGACAUGCAGGUCCAUAGAGCAGUCCAUGUUCAAUAUGUUCAUGAAGGAGUUCUUUACUCAACGCCAAUUCAUGCUCACCGAAUUCAGCCUACAGACCCUCAUCGACAUCAGCAAGUCGCGGCUGAGUGAUUGUCUCGACUAUGUCAUCAUCGGCCUUAAUACAUUCACACGCCAUUACUUUUCCCCAGGAGAAGAAGCCCAGGAAACCCGCUAUCGCGAAGCCCAAUCCGAUCACCACACCCUGGUCAACAGCGGUCAAGACGUCGCUAUGCUGACGGAGGCUUUCAAAAACCUCAAGAACCUCAAAACUGUGGGCAUUCGUGACUACCAUUCCGCGGGAAGGGGCUUUCGGGAUGGCUUCGAGGUCAGCUGGGCGAGUUACGGCGCCACCACACUCCGCCAGGAUACCGGAGUAGAUCUUCUGCGCAUACCUAUCGAUGAGAUGGUCGCCUACACCAACAAAGUCUUCAUCACCCUUUUUACCGCACUUGGUCAUGCUGGUGCCCGGCCCAGUGCCUUCGAACUGCUCCGCCACCAGCAAGGCGUGCCCUCUGACGACGCUUACAACCUCUUCACCAAAUACCUCAAGCCCAAGCUCGUCCCGGUCCUCGAGGGCAUCGAGACCUUUAUGAGCGUUGUGAACGUAGCGACCGGCCCCUUCCGAGUCACGUCACUCACAGGCAGCGCGGGAACUCAACUACGACGUCGACACGAUUAUUCCCUGCGUCUCUUCUUGGGUCACAUGCCGAACCUCAAGCAUCUACGGUUGAACUUUGCGCACCUAGGCCAUAACUCUGAUGCUGUUGAUGAAUUCAUUGACUGGCUGGGUACACCUGUCCUCGGUGCUCAUUCUGAACCGGACGACAACCAGCUACCGAUGCCUCCAGCUCCGGUAGCGUUUCCCCAUCUGGAAGAGAUCAACUUGGGCUUCGUUGAAGUUGAGCCGAAGCGGCUUCUCCAAGUCGUGCGAAAGCUUGCACCAACACUGAGGAAUCUCGAGCUGUGGAAGGUCACGCUCCGCAGCCGUACAGGAGCUGUUCAAGGGGACUAUAACGCGAGAGGCGACAUUUCCAUUAUCAACAUGUGGGCUCGAUUUCUCCAGAGUCUGCGCGACGUCCCCGACCUCGAUCUGAAACAUAUCAUGGUCGGUUGUCCUGCUCAGCGCAUGUCUAUGACGAGCGCCAGGGUAUGGGUUCAAGCCACAGACGGGGUGCCGGACAAGACUGUGAGCAGACGCGAGUACACAGGCAUCGACUGGAGGCAUUUUGUCGGAGACUUGGCAAAGCAAAUCAUGGUUGAUAUCCCGCCCGAGCGUAAGCGCAACCCGGAGUCGGACGAAAAAGAUGACGAAGAUUCGAACGAUGAACAAAUUGAGUCAGGAGGCUACUUUCCAGAUGGAAUUGAGGAAGCGCUGGAUGGCCUCGAAGACACGAUAGCCUACGAGCAAGGCUUUUACCCGAUUGUGUUUCAGUAG